AUGCCUUCAUACGUCAUCACCGGAGUUUCCAGAGGAAUCGGAUAUGAAUUCCUUCGCCAGUAUUCUGGCGACUCAAACAACACCGUAAUCGGACUCGUCCGCAAUAAGCAGGCCACCGAGAAGAAGGUGUCAGAAGACCCAGAUCUGAGAGGCCGAACCAACAUCCACAUCAUCGCGGCGGAUGUCACAGACUACAACGCUCUACAAAAAGCUGUCUCUGAAACCACCAAGAUCACCGGCGGAGCCCUAGACUACCUCAUCGCCAACGCCGGCCUCAUCACCCCCUUCGACCAAUACGACGGCAUCGGCGACCUCGCAACCCAGCCCGACCAAGUCACGAAGGAACUCCGCGCCCUCUUCGAAGUCAACGUCAUCGCAAACAUCCACCUCUUCAACCUCUUUCUCCCGCUCAUUCAAAAAGGCCACACUAAGAAAGUAAUCGCCAUCACGAGCGGCUACUCCGACAUCGAGCUCACGCGCAACUGGGACGUGACGCUCGCCCCGCUCUACUCAACCAGUAAAGCCGCGCUCAACAUGGUAAUCGCGAAGUUCAGCGCGCAGUUUAAGAAAGAGGGGAUUCUGUUCUUGGGGCUUGCGCCGGGGAGUGUGGAUGUGGGACAGAAUAAUGAGGCGACUCCGGAACAGCUUCAGAGACUCGGAGCGUUCUUCGGCGAGUUGGCGCCGAAGUAUGCGCCGGAUUUUAGGGGCCCGAUUACGCCGGAGGAGAGCGUGUCACUUAUGCGGCCGGUUAUUGUGGAGGCUAGUCUAGAGGGCAGUGCUGGCGACUUUAUCUCGCAUUUUGGUAACAAGCAGUGGCUAUGA